AUGGAGCUUGAAGCAGAGGCUGUCGGCUGGCCUGCAGCACUGUGCUGCUCUGACGACCCUUCAGGCGGAUCCAGACUGUACUUUUGCAGGGCUGCCCUGGCUCUUGGAGGCACAGACUGUCGGGUGCACCUCUGGCUGCGGCAGCCUGGGGGUCACUUUGAAAAGUGCUGCCGACUCAGCGGCCACCAGGACUGGGUGAGGUCCCUGGCGUUCCUGCACGCAGGUCAAGGCCAAUCAGGAGGGGAGAGGCUGCUGCUGGCAAGUGCGUCACAAGACAGGUACAUCCGUAUUUGGUGCAUUCGUCGCAAUGUUGAGAAAGGAAGCAGCACCAGCAAAACAGAUCCCCCGUCCUCCACCCUGUCUCGACUGGGUCCCUCCUCCCACUUCACUACACAGCACAGCACCUACUCUGUGGCCCUGGAGUCGCUGCUGAUCGGCCACGAGGACUGGGUGCACUCGGUGCAGUGGAGCCCACCCAUCGAACCUGGACCCGGGGUCCCAUCCAUCGAACCCAGACCUGGGGCCCCAUCCAUUGAUGAGUCAGGAGCCAGGGGCCUAUCCAUCGAACCCGGAUCCGCAGGUCCAAUCAUGGGGACUGUGCAAUCCGGGGAGUGUGCGCAGCCGCUGCUGCUGCUUUCAGCGUCGAUGGACCGCACGAUGAUGGUUUGGGAGUACGACGGCUCGUGUGGGCUGUGGAUGAACAAGGAGAGCGUGGGGGACGCGGGGUCCACAGCACUGGGUUACUACGGCGGGGUAUUCGGCCCGGACGGGCUGUCGAUAAUGGCCCACGGCUUCACUGGUGCACUUCACUUGUGGCGACGAGAGGACGGACGGCAGGAUGGUGGAUGGGUUCCCCACCAUGCCAUGACAGGCCACUAUGGUGAAGUGCUUGACUUGAGUUGGGCCCUGGAUGGCAGCUGUCUCAUCACUGUUGGUGGCGACCAGACUGCGAGAAUCACAGCACGUGUGGACGGCCACUGGUGCGAGAUUGCAAGGCCCCAGGUGCAUGGCCACGACUUCUUUGGCCUCGCCGUCAUCCCGCCCACCACCACGACGCCCGGCCGCAAUCUCUAUGCCAGCUGCUCCGAAGAAAAGGUUAUUCGCGUUUUCGAGGCCCCUCAGGCCUUCCACGACACUCUGUCCCUCGCCCAAGGCUGCCAACACAGCCACGCCAACGGCCAAGCUGCCCAAAGCGCCACUGGCCAGAUCUCCCAAGGCCCUGGCUGUACAUCGCGCCCCCUGGGGGCGGUUGUCAAGGCGCUGGGUCUGACAAACAAGGCGGUGUAUGCUGAUGAGGGCACGGCAAGUGCCAAUGAUGGGCCCGAUGAUCGGCUGGUGGGCAUUGGGGGGGACCAGUAUGCGGCGGGGCCAGAGUUUGCACCCGCGGCUGCGCCGACGGCGUGUGAGGGACCCCCCUUUGAGGAGCACCUGAGUCAGAACACCCUGUGGCCGGAGGUGCACAAGCUGUAUGGCCAUGGGGACAAUGUGACUUGCCUUGCAGCUGACCCAACGGGUCGGUGGCUGGUGUCUGCAUGCAAGGCCCAGUCGCCUGAAGUGGCUGCGAUAUGGGUGUGGGACAUCCAGGAGUGGCGGCCUGCUGGCACCCUGCAGGCCCACACCCUCACUGUCACCCAGCUGCAGUUCUCCAACUCAGGUCGCUACCUGCUGUCUGGGUCGCGCGAUCGGACAUUUGGGGUCUUUGCGCUGGCUGCCAGGGGCCGCCUUCAAGAUGGCGGUGGCAGCCAGGGGGACGGCUCAACGCCCUUGACACUGCUGAAGCGAAUGCCCAAGGCGCACAGCCGGAUCAUAUGGGGGGUGGAUUGGAGCCCAGACGACAGGUUCAUUGCGACAGGCUCAAGGGAUCAACGUGUGAAGAUCUGGGAGAUGACUGAGAUGGGCCCCCUGGACCGCCCAAUCCACAGCCUGCCGCCCAUGGACUGCAGUGUGACGAGUGUGGCGUUCGCGCCACAGAGCCGUGUGCACUCUGAUUCAGUCGGCAAUGGGAGCACCCAUGGGAGGCAGUCCAACAUCUUGGCUGUCGGGCUACAAGAUGGCUCAAUCCAGGUGUGGGAGCUGACAAUGGAGGCGACUUCCAUGCGGUCGAGGCAGUUAUGGCGUUCCUGCAGGUCAAAUCAGCACAGCGACUCGGUCAAGCGACUGAGAUGGACCGCGGCGGCCAACCAAGGCGGCCUGUAUUUGGCAUCAUGCAGUGCGGAUCAUUCGUUGCGAGUAUUCGAGAUCACACCAUGA